UGGUAUACAUGAACCAGAGUCUGUCAGGGAAUAAAGUUUCAGUUUUGGCGGGGACGCAAGAGGAAGUAAACAGACCGGUCUAUUUCCAGCAAUCAGCAGUCAGAGCGGGGACGGGACGGGGUUCAAAAUGGACGACAGAGAACCAGAAGUUGUUUUUAAAAAGGAAACCAUCGGCAAACUACUGUCAUUGUCUUUCAGGGACGAGAAAACGAAAGUGAGUGGUGAUGCUGUACUUCUGAUGGCGGAGAUGCUGAAGAUAUUUGUGCAAGAGGCAGCUCGGAGGGCCGCGAAACAGGCCGAUGCGGAGGACAGCGAUACGGUGGACAUCGAUCACUUCGAGAAGAUUCUUCCACAGCUGCUCCUGGAUUUUUAGUUUUCGGCCAGCAGAGGGAGCCAGAAUUCCACUGCCAGUUCAACAGAGACGCUCGGACACAGUUCCAGCUUCAAACUUCAAACUGAUCUGGGCAGGGCAUAUCGAAACCAAUUUUUUUUGUAACCCUGUUCGGACUUGAAUUAACUUUACUUUUUGAAAAGUGAGUCCUUAAACUACUUCCUGUUAAUGGAAAAUAUUGCUUGUAAAGUUGUAGGUCUUUUUUUGCUUAUCGCUCCAAUAAAUGUAUUUGAUUUA